CUUUCAUUCCUGGACGGGGCAUGCUCAAAAGGCCCAGCCGGACUAGUUUACCAUUUACAUCAAACAAUAUCCCCAGUUUUUGUUUUGUGCGGACGGAGUUUGUAGCAUUUUCGUUCCUUUUUUUCAGUUCUAUCUGUCAAAUACCAAACAAGUUCGGUAAAAAAUCGUCGGGCCUAUUUGCGCGAGUGAAAGAAACGUUCUCUUCUGUUUCCGAACUAGGGAUUAGGUGCUAUGCGGAUAAUUUGGAUUGAAUUACAGGAUAUCUGCUACUAAACAAGAUCUUCCCCACAAAGAUGAGCUGGCGGGCGCGUCCCCUGAAGAUUGCGUCCGAUCCGGCGACGAAACGUCGUUGACCUCCUCGAACGGCCGUCUCAUCUAGGCGUCGCGAUGACCACCACGGCGAGACGUCGCGAUCCAGACGAAGACAUCGCGGCCAUCGCCAAGCAGAUCUCCGAUCAGGCCGAGGCGAUCUACCAAAAUUGGAAGGCUAGGGGUUUGGGGCCGGCCGAUCUCAUUUCAUGUCAUGCCGCUGGAGACACAUCGAAACUGGGCUCCAUGUUGAAGCCGCAACCACCUACGAAGCCGUCGAUAGACCUGCUGGCGCAGGCGCCCAACAUGGACAACAAUCGUCUGGAGAAGCUGGUCAAGAAUUUCGUGGUGGAAGAUAAGGCCCGUUUGGCGGCAGCCAGGGGAAAAGCGAUGCCUUCCAGCAUACAGUACGCCCUUCAGAAAUUCGAAAAGGGUGCCGCCUCGCAACAACAGGAGUCGAACUUUCCGAAGAAGUCUCCCGUUAGGACGAACGGCACUGGAACUAUCAUAGUGACUGCCAGUACUACGAGUACCAGUUCGCCUGUACAGCCCCCAACGGUCAAACCAGCUAUCGGACAAAAACCCCAGAUAUCCCCCAAACCCCGCCUGGCGGACACCAUCGAAAUGACCCUUCCCGCUGACGCUACCACCCCCGCCCUACAGUCCUGGCCACUCAAGAACCGCAUCAUCACCACGGACAACGUCAAGAAGACAGCGCAGCAAGAUUCGCAAAAGACCCCGCCAGGUCGAGCGCCUGCCGCCUCCACGACGACCAUCGACGACGUCGCCGUCGAGGAGAAGAGACUGCUGAACGCCCUGAACAACGGCGUGGUCGUGAACGAAGAGGCGCCCGCCGCCAAGACACGCGACCCGGAACCGUCCGUAGCCACCAAAUGGGGGCUGAGGAGCACCAGGAGGCCGGAGCAGAACGUUCCGCAUCCGGAGCUGACGACCACUCAGAGGCAGCACCUGAGGCAGACGGCCGCCAAUCCCGUGAGGCCGUUCCUCACGAGAGGCUCGGUUGCGGAGAGGGUGCUGAUUUUCGAGAGGUGCCCGAGCGAUCUUCUGCUGGAUAAGAGGUCGAGGACGCCGAUCACACUGCCCACGGCUAAGAUACAGCCAAUCGCUAGAGAUCAUCCACUUCCGCACACGACCUUGCAGAGGCACGUGCGCAAUAACAGAAACGUCAAUAUACCCCGCUUCCAUUUCCCAACGGGCAAGCCCCAGCCCACCGGUCACCUAGAGACCGUCCGCAGUCAGGUGAACGCUGUGUUCGCGAGCAUCGGCGAACGAGCAUCGCGCGAGCACUUCGACAAGAUCGCGACGGCCUGUCAGGUGCCCUUGUACUGGAAGACGCCGCUGUAUCUGGCCGCAUGCGCGGAUAAGGGAAGCUGUACUUUCGAGCAGUUGUGGACGUUCUGGUCUGGGAUGUGCAACACAUGCCACGACAACGCUUCUCGUUUCGUCUACAUCCUCACCAGGGGUAAGAGGAACCACUUGGCGCCCGAAGAUUUCAUUCCUUUGGUUCAGGACGUCGUCGAGACCCAUCCUGGUCUUACGUUCCUGAAGGAGGCCACCGAGUUCCAUUCUAGAUAUGUGCAUACCGUGAUAGCCAGAAUCUAUUACUGCGUGAACAGGUCCUGGUCUGGCAAAAUAAGCAUACCUGAACUGCGUCGUUCCAACCUUCUCGAUGUGAUUCAGUUGCUCGAGGAAGAGGAAGACAUCAACCAGAUAACGCAAUUCUUCAGUUACGAACAUUUCUACGUGAUAUACUGCAAGUUUUGGGAGUUAGAUCGAGACCAUGACCUCUUCAUCGACAAACACGACCUCACCAGGCACAAUGACCACGCGCUGUCGACCAGAAUUAUAGACCGUAUAUUCAGCGGUUGCGUAACCAGAGGCCAGAAAAAGUCCCACCAAGACGACAAGAUGUCCUAUACGGAGUUCGUUUGGUUCCUCCUCAGCGAGGAAGACAAGAAUCACCCUACCGCCAUCGAGUACUGGUUCCGUUGUAUGGAUCUAGAUGGCGACGGCUUCUUGUCGAUGUACGAGCUGGAAUACUUCUACGAAGAGCAGAUACACCGGACAGAGUCCAUAGGAAUUGAUACUCUACCUUUCAAAGACUGUUUAUGUCAAAUGUUAGACAUGGUCAAGCCCAAGUGCCCAGGGAAAAUUGCCUUAAGUGAUUUGAAGAGAUGCAAAUUGACAUCCAUAUUUUUUGAUACCUUCUUCAAUUUAGAGAAAUACUUGGAUCACGAGCAGAGAGAUCCGUUUGCCUCGCAAAGGGAGCACGACUUCGAGGGUGAAGAGAUGUCCGAUUGGGACAGGUACGCAGCUGAAGAAUACGAGUUGCUGGUUGCGGAAGAAGGAGGAAACGACCAGCAGGAUAGUCUGGAUUACGAGUGUGGCUUUGACAGGCUCGUUCGAUGAUGGUAAUGAGGACGAUCUUACACAGCUCGAAGGGGAUCUAGACAUAGGGGACGUCACCUGCGACCUAUCGGACGACAGUGACGAGUGUAGUAUUUAGGACAACUACCGAGGCAUCGUGUUUUUCUAGUCGCAAGCUCGUAAUAGUAAUAAUUAGGAUCGUUUUUCGUAUCUAGAACGUUGUUUUGUAUAGCGGUUACAUGUUGCUCGAAUAUAAGAGAAAAAUAUCACCUAGUGAAUAUUGUAGGUGCGUGACAUGGUGAUGUUAAUGGAUUCGAAGAUACCUAUGGCGGAUCGUAUGCCUAAUUUCCUUGAUAUGGAAGGUUGAUUUUUAUUUAUAUAUUCUUCUGUUUUUAUUUAUUCUAAUUUUUGUUGUGACUCAAGGUCCUGUCAAAAAUAGAUUUUACUUUUUGGAGCUUUUUUCUUUUGUUCAUGUGAUCUGUUCGAAUCAAAUCCGAAAUGGGCAUUCUAUUGAGUAUUUUUAAUAAACAACUCAACAAAUCGUGUUACUUUAGUAACAUGGUGUCAGUAUUUCAUCUCAAGUCUUUCUAUUUUUGACUGGACUUCACUUUUUAAAGAAUAUUUCUUUGAGUUUUCGAAUAACGUUUAUGAGAAACGCCAUUUUUUUUUAAAUCUACUGUAGGUAUCACACUAUUAAUUUAUUUAAUACUUUUAUAGCUACAGUGAAUAUUUAAUCGUUUGUAUAUUGGUGAAAAUAUUUACCUAAAUAAUAUCUCUGCAAAUAUUUUAUUCGGUCACAAGGUAAGCAAGAAUUAUUUUUUAUUUUAUGUGAUGAAUUAUGCAGAAUGUUUAGUAUACACUGACCGCCAAAAAAUCCUGCCACCGCAAUAAUUUUGACACAUCACACUCGGGAUAUAGGAGGGUGUUAAAAGAAGCAGAUAUUCUUAACCGAAAAUUUCAACGUCCUGUAGAAUGCAGCAACUACAAUAGGGGAUGUCAACAAGUGUCAUAAUAAGAACCAAAUGCACCUUUUGGAUUUUCACUGCGUCAUCACUGUAUAUUCUUGAUCGAAAAUUUGAAUCAAAAUUUCAACAAUAUAAUUGUUACAGACAAACUGAACUAAGAUUUAAAAAAUUCAUCAAAAGCAACGGAGCGGUUCAAUAAGAAACACCACUUUUUGAAAUGUGCCAAAUAUCUGGAGGCCGGUUUUGUUUUUGGCGAUCAGUGUAUAUUCCAUUUAUUUAUUAAUUAUGUGAAUCAGAAUAACUUGAACAUCAUUUUAUACCAAAACAUAUUUUUUUCUUUAAUUUAUUCCUUGGAAUUCAAAGUGCACUCUUAGCAGAGUUUUCAGAUUAUUAAUGCCCAGUUGCACCGAUUUAUUUAAAGCAGGCUUAACGUUGAGUUAUACAUAUUUCAUUGAUUUAUAUGGAAUCCUUAACGUUAAGCCUGCCUUAAAUUAGUCGGUGCAAACUGCAAAGGGCAUAAGUAAAUAUCUUGACUUCUAAACGGAAAUAAGAAGUCACAAAUAUUGUCAGCUGUAUUUCCUUUCCAUUGGAAAUUCCAAACUACGGAAAUAUGAGCUUAUGAAAUAACGAACCUGGUGCUCAUAUUACACAUUUUGUAUUUUUCAUUUCAUAAUAUAUUUGCAAUGAAAGAACAUAUUUUAUGAAUUGAAAUUUAUGAAUGAAUUUUUGUAAGAAAAAUAAUUUCACAAGCAAUCCCUGAUUGAUAUUAUGAGCAUAAUUAUACUUUCAGGAUUUCCAAGAAAUUUUUUUUGUGAAUAAGUAAUUCAGAAAUGUUUCUAUCAGAGGAUGCUUAUUUAUUGGAACGAUGCAUUCAGCUUUGUAAUUGAAGGCUACCUACUAUAUUUUUGCAUAGAGUAGUGGAGAACAAACUCAACUUCACGCUAAAUAGGCAGAAAUUUUGUCUAAUACUUCGUAAUGUAUGAGCUCGAUAUCGAGUGCAAUCACACAAAUGGAAAUUUUUGUAUUUACAUCACUAAUUACUAUUAGUUAAUGUUUGGAUGAUAUAUUUAGAGGCUGAUUACCAUUUGAGCUUAUAUUGUUGUAUGUAUUAAGAAUUUUCUCGAAUACGAAUUUUGAGUAACGUCAUUAUCAAAAAAUGUGGUGCAGCUUAUUUGUUGGAAUUGUAUAGUAUAGUUUAUUUAACAAUUUUUCGAUUAACAUAUAGUAUGAACUUGACUAGUCAUUUUUUAUUACAACAUUUAUACUUGUUUAUUGAUUAGUUAGUUGUGAGCAUUGUAUAAAGUUGUUUCUUAUUUAGAUUAUGAUAUUAUAUUGGUUUUCUCUU